AUGGCCCCGUGGCCCGCACCUCCUCCGCCUCCGCCUCCGCCUCCACCUCUCGCCGCGCCGCCGCCGCCCGGCGCCUCUGCUAAGGGCCCGCCGGCGCGCAAGCUGCUUUUUAUGUGCACCUUGUCCCUGUCCGUCACCUACCUGUGCUACAGCCUCCUGGGCGGCUCGGGCUCCCUGCAGUUCCCCCUGGCGCUGCAGGAGCCGCCGGGCGCCGCCGCCGAGCCCCCGCCGAGCCCGCCGCCACCCUCUCUGCCGCCUCCCCCCGUGCGCCUCGGCGCCCCCUCGCAGCCGCCCGCGCCGCCGCCGCCGGACAACGCGAGCCGCGGGGAGCCGCCCGAGCCCCCCGAGCAGCCCGCCGCCCCCGGGGCCGACGGCUGGGGGCUGGCGAGCGGCGGCGGGGGCGCCCGCGACGCCUGGCUCCGGACCCCGCUGGCCCCCGGCGAGAUGAUCACGGCGCAGAGCGCGCUGCUGGAGAGGGAAGCGCAGGAGUCCAGCACCACCGACGAGGAGCUCGCAGGCCGGAGAGCGGCCAACGGGAGCAGCGAGAGGGGCGGCGCCGCCAGCACCCCCGACUACGGGGAGAAGAAGCUGCCACAGGCGCUCAUCAUCGGGGUCAAGAAAGGAGGGACCCGCGCGCUGCUGGAGGCGAUCCGAGUACACCCGGACGUGCGGGCGGUGGGCGUAGAGCCGCACUUCUUCGACAGGAACUACGAGAAGGGGCUGGAGUGGUACAGAAAUGUGAUGCCUAAGACUUUGGAUGGGCAGGUGACCAUGGAGAAGACGCCGAGUUACUUUGUGACGAAUGAGGCUCCCAAGCGUAUCCACGCCAUGGCCAAGGACAUCAAGCUCAUUGUGGUGGUGAGAAACCCCGUGACCAGGGCCAUCUCCGACUACACCCAGACACUGUCCAAGAAACCCGAGAUCCCCACCUUCGAGGUACUGGCCUUCAAAAACCGGACCCUAGGGCUGAUCGACGCCUCCUGGAGCGCCAUUCGAAUAGGGAUCUAUGCUCUGCACCUGGAAAACUGGCUCCAAUACUUCCCCCUCUCCCAAAUCCUCUUUGUCAGUGGUGAGCGACUCAUAGUGGACCCUGCCGGGGAAAUGGCCAAAGUACAGGAUUUUCUAGGCCUCAAGCGUGUGGUGACUGAAAAGCAUUUCUAUUUCAACAAAACCAAGGGGUUCCCUUGUCUCAAGAAGCCAGAAGACAGCGGUGCCCCCAGAUGCUUAGGCAAGAGCAAAGGUCGGACUCAUCCCCGCAUCGACCCAGAUGUGAUCCACAGACUGCAGAAAUUCUACAGACCCUUCAACAUGAUGUUUUACCAAAUGACUGGCCAAGAUUUCCAGUGGGAACGGGAAGAGGGUGACAAAUGAGGCUAAGGAAGCAGAGGGAAGGCUAGCGAAUAGCUAAGGAGGCUCCUUACCUGAGUCCUGAAAUCCCCCCCGGGGUCCACGGCCUCAGCCUCGCUGGAGUGCCAAGUUGAUCCCCUCCUUUGUCCAGCCACGAUCACUUCCAACGCUGUAGGUUUAGGCGAAGGGGUGGAUCCCAUGGCAUCCUCACGGAGGCACCGGGUUUGCCCGGGCGGCGGCGUCUGGUUGAGCAGAUGGCCGCCAAGAGCCACUGCUAAUUCUCGUCUUCUGCUAAUUAAUGGAGUCUGAAGACAGGAUAGAUAGCUGUCAAGGUCAGAGACCGCGCCAGGAGCGUUUGGUUAAGUGAUUAAAGAAAAGAAAGGAAGGUCUACUUUGGUCACUUGAGAAGCCUGAGUCCUAGCCCUGCAUCUGGCGCAGCCCUCUGCUAUAUAAACCUUUGCUUUGGCACCUCUCCAGAAUGCUCCUUGUGGCUGAGUACUCCAGGACUCCCAGGGAGCCAGGUCCUUUCUCUGAGGCGUCUCUAACCUUCUCCUUAGAGGUCUCAUCCCACAACCCUGUGACUUCCCCCUUCCCCACCUUAUGAAGGCGGAGGCAUGCACGUUCCUCACCAGAAAAAUAAAAAUAAAAAAGCUGACAAUCUUGGAAGGCUUCUUUCCAAGGGCCCUCUAGGAAGGGCUGGGUCUUUCUCUCUCCACGAGUGUCCCGGGCUGUGGAGGAGCUUAGCGGGGGCCCUCGUGAUAGACUCGGGCCCGUGUGGCUGUUCUCGGAGCAGCGUGAUUGCCAUUGAGUUCUGAGCCCUGGGGUUGAAACAGAUAAGUGCUAUUUCUGGGGGUGAAAAAAGAAGGCCAGACUUUUCGGUGGGCGGUCUUCAUACGUGAAGACCCGUAGAACCGUGGUUUUAAGAAAUGCUCUAAGAGUGGGCUCCGUCCCUUAGGGUCCCCAGAGGGGCGAGGACGGGAGAGUGGGCAUGUCUUCUGUUAGGAGUAAUCCUGAGCAACGCAACGAACAGGGGAUCGGUCACCAUGCUUCUGUUCGCCCCACCACGUCCCGCCUCGCGGUCAUCUGGUGCUUUAUUUGCUCUCUGCAGAGAUGGCACACACUGGGGCUCCCUCUGUGGAGGGCCGUCAGAUCCCGUCUGUGGACGUGGGCGAGGGCGAGGGCUGUCUGUGGACACCCCCCACCAAGGGCUGCUGAACGAAGCGUCCCUUCCCAUUACUUUGAUUCGAUGGAAACGCAGCACUUGACGUCAAGUCCUUGUUCACAGAUCUCCCAAACCAGGACUGUUCUAGAAAAUUUAAAAAGAUGUAUGAGUGGGGGGGAGCUAAGUCUGUUCGGCUGCUAUGAAACUGUCAUUUCUCCCGCUAAAUGAAAACCGUGUUGUUAUAAAGCUUAAUGCAACCUGA